AUGGCGGUCGGCGGCGACGACGACAUCAUGGAGCGGGACUUCGCCGCCAGGCUGCGCCUCGCGCAUUCGCCCUCCCCGGCCACGCCUGCCGCCUCCUCCUCCUCCCCCACCGCCGCCGGGGGGAUCGCCUUCCGCGCGCCGCAGGAGCAGUUCACCGCCGACGACUUCGUACUCGGCAAGAUCUACGGCGUCGGCUCGUACUCCAAGGUGGUGCGGGCCAAGAAGAAGGACACGGGCCGCGUCUACGCGCUCAAGAUCAUGGACAAGAAGUUCAUCACCAAGGAGAACAAGAUCUCCUACGUCAAGAUGGAGCGCAUCGUGCUCGACCAGCUCGACCACCCGGGCGUCAUCAGGCUCUUCUUCACUUUCCAGGACACAUACUCCCUCUACAUGGCGCUGGAGUCGUGCGAAGGCGGGGAGUUGUUCGACCAAAUUGCCUGGAAAGGUCGGCUCUCUGAGGACGAUGCACGGUUUUAUGCUGCUGAAAUCGUCGAUAUAUUGGAGUAUUUGCAUGGCGUCGGCCUAAUUCAUCGGGAUGUCAAGCCAGAAAAUCUACUGCUUACUUCUGAUGGUCACAUCAAGAUUGCUGAUUUUGGUAGUGUCAAGCCUACAAGGGAUACUCCAAUCAAAGUUCUCCCAAAUUCAACUAAUGAAAGGGCCUGUACAUUUGUUGGAACCGCCGCUUAUGUACCACCUGAGGUCCUGAACUCUGCACCAGCAACCUUUGGAAAUGAUUUAUGGGCAUUGGGAUGCACACUGUACCAAAUGCUUUCUGGCUCUUCGCCAUUUAAAGAUGCCAGUGAGUGGUUAAUUUUCCAGAGAAUCAUUGCAAGGGACCUCAAAUUUCCAGAGUAUUUUUCAGCUGAAGCAAGAGAUCUUAUUGACAAAUUGCUGGAUGUUGAUCCAAGCAAAAGGCCAGGUGCAGGACCUGAUGGUUAUUCUUCCUUGAAGGAGCAUCCUUUCUUCAGAGGCAUAGACUGGAAGAACCUGAGGAAGACACGACCACCUAAGCUCGCAAUCGAUGCAAAUGCAAAUGAAGAUGAGGAUGGCCAGGAUUCAUAUUGGUUGGCGCACAUGGGAAGUGCGGCAGUCAACCAACAGUCAAAUACUGCUGGUAAUAAUGGUGCCCCAUCAUCAUCUGAAGUGCGCUCCCAUAUAUCUAAAUUAGCUUCCAUCGACUCCUUCGACUCAAAAUGGCAAGAAUUUCUGGACCCUGGUGAGUCUGUAGUCUUGAUAUCAAAGCUGAAGAAGAUUAAUAAGCUAGCAAACAAGAAGGUCCAGUUGAUCCUCACCGACAAACCUCAAUUGAUCUGUGUUGACCCUUCAAAAAUGGUAGCCAAGGGAAACAUUAUUUGGUCUGAUGACCCAAGUGAACUCAGUGUGCAAGUAUCAGGUUCUUCACAUUUUCGAAUAUGCACGAGCAUCUAUAUCAAGAGUAAUUCUUUGAUUCCCAAGAUAUUGAAUGUUAUGAAAAACAGGUCACAACACUUCUCGCUCAAUGGAGUUGAGGACGUGGCAGAGCAAGGCGUCGAACCGCCUCCGUUAUUAUCUCCGGCGAAGAACCUGGCUUCUGUCGCCGAGGAGUCGGCCGCGGCCGUCCAGAGGCAGAGGAAGCCACUCACGCGGAUGGAGCAGAAGUGGUUGGCUGAGCUCCACAUCAAGAAGAGGGUCAAGGCGCAGCACCUCAACGGCAAGUUCUACGACCUCAUGGAUAAGGUGGUGCCGAAUGCUGAGACGCUGGAGGAUGCAUACGACAUUGUCCGUAUGAAUUCGAACGUUGAUCUAGCAUCUGCGAAGGAUGAUGUCUGCUUUGUCACGCUGGCAGAGCAGCUGAGGAGUGGGGAGUUUGAUGUCCGAGGAAAUGCUUUCUCAGUGGUGGCGAAGGGAAAACGCGAAGGACACCUUGUUCUUCCUAGGCUGAACCUGAAAGUGGUUCAGGAAGCGAUAAAGGAGAGGAUCGAGGGCACCCAGUUAGUUGCAUUCUUGCAAGAUAUGUUUGAUGCUAAGGUGAUCAAUUUGGUAUUUGGUGGGUACCCCAAAGGUCAUGGGCUCCCCCAAGAAGGUGUACUUGCACCAAUCCUGAUGAACAUAUAUCUUGACAGUUUUGACCAUGAGGUAUUCAGGAUUUGCUUGAAACAUGAAGGCCUUGGUUUAGAGGCAACAAAUGUUUCAGAAGACUGUGGGUCAAAUUUACGGCGCUGGUUUCGGAGUCAACUUAAGGGCAGGGAUGAAAAUAGUGAAGGUCAAACAGAUUGUCAGACGAAGAUAAAGCUAUAUGCUUGUAGAUAUAUGGAUGACAUUUUCGUAGCAGUUUCUGGAUCCAGAGAUGAUGCAGAAGAUAUGAAAUCUGAAAUGGUUGCUUACUUAAACAAAUCACUUUAUUUGGAUGUUGACGAUAAAUUUCACCUUAUGCCAAUGAGAAGGAACCGUAGAGGAAGUACCGAUGAUGAAGAGCGCACACAGACACCACCGACAAACCUAGUUUUCGAGUACCGUAGAGGAAGUACCGAUGAUGAAGAGCGCAGCACGUCAACGGCCGGAGCCGCCGCGUGA